AUGCUUGACUCUCUUGCAAUAUCAACUUGGGCGACGAAGCUCAAAGAAACCAGAAUGGUGUAUCAACAACUUGUUGCGAGGAAGGAUAUGUUAAUUCCAUGGUCGGACCUUGACGAAGAUAGCGCUUAUUACCAGCUACGAAGUGUCAGCCGCAAGGCCAGUAUCAAAAAGAACACUUUACCGCCCCUGGUUUCAAGAAAGGUGAAGAAAAAUUCGUUGCGGGAAAGAGCUUUUGAAAACCCACUACAGCCUGCGUCAACAACAACAACAACAACAACAACGGAUACAAUUGUGAGUGGCGACGACCACGAGGAGAAUUUAGAGCUUUUAAACAACAUAAUUCUAGACGUGGAGAGAUUAUUCCCCGGAGAGGAAUUUUAUCAUAGUGGUGCUGAUGCAAUACCCAUACGAAAACAGGUGGUCGAGGUCCUUUACAUUUGGUGCAAAUGCCACCCGCGCAUUGGUUACAAGCAAGGUUUCCAUGAAAUAUUGGGCUUGAUAUUUAUGAAUUUGUACAAAGAAUCCGUUGCGUUGGAUCAAGACCAACUAUAUUCGGCCAACUAUUCUCAAGACGAAAUGGCGAUAUUGGGCCUUUAUAAUAUCCGCUUUAUAUGCCAUGAUCUUUUUAACAUUUUCAACAAGUUUGUGACUGGAAGUGGAGUUGCAGCAGGCUUGUACGAAUCAGAACUACAGUUGACGAAACUGAUCGAUUUGUUCAAUGCUUACCUCAUGAAAAUCGAUCAAUUUAUUCAUUACACUUUGACCACUAGACUCGAACUAGACACACAGUUGUGGAUCAUACGCUAUCUCAGAUUGCUUUUGGUUCGAGAACUAGGUGAAGAGCUAGAAACUACAAGCUUACUUUGGGACAAACUAAUUGCAACUCAAAUCCAACGCACUCCAGGACUGGGAAUGACGUAUUUUAUUGAGAUUCUCAUAUUCUUGGUCAUUCAACUUUUGAUACAGCAAAAGACAGAAAUCGUUACCUCGGACUUCAGUCAAUGCUUAUCAUUGCUUUUGCAUUAUCCGGUACCUCAUUUUGCAUCACCAGCAAGUAGAGACACAUACAUCCAAGUAUUAUAUCGAGACGCAAUCAAGCUCUACGAGAGACGAAGCAAUGACCUAAAGUUGUUCGAGUACGGAAACAAACUAAAUAAAAAGUACAAUCCUGGGCUAAAAAUUUCUUUGGGGUACAGGGAUAGUAGUGAAUUGAGCGAUGCUGCUAGUGAGAGGUCCAGUGUGGAUUCAUCGGGAUCCUCUGCUGAAUUCAGUAAGAGCCAAAUAAGUCCCGCCACCAAUGACAGAGCAGAAAAGAUGCGCUAUGAGAAGUUGAGAAUGGAAAUGCGAUUAAAGAAGAAAGCAAAACAAAUGCUUCAUCAGUGA